AGGAAAUCCCUAAUGUACUUCUCUGUUGUGUGGCUCUGAUUUUAUUGCAAAUCAAAAUCCUCCAAAACACUUGUCGAAUAAUGAAAUGAUAUCAGAAUUCCCAUCACAUAACCCAGAUUCUUUGUCCUCUCAAUUUCCAGAGAAAAUUCACUGGGUGGUUUUUAAUAGUUAACACUGCCUCUGUAAUUUCUGAUUUCCUUGAGAAAUCUGGUUCAUUAUUGGCACCGGAAUCCUCGGAGAUUCCCGCUGAUGAUGCAUAUAAUUACCCACCAAAUAUUUAUAAAAUCUGCUACUCUCUUUCUUGCAUCACUAUUAGAGAGAGAGAGAGAGAGAGAGAGAUUUGAGUCUUCACGUUAUUGUGUUAGGUAGAAAGAGAGAGACGGUCAGAGUAGAGAAAGCAAUUAAUUAACUCGAUCUAUUGAGGUGGUUGGUUUGGUUAGUUCUAGUGAGAGAGAGAGAGGGAGAGAGUUUUUUUCUGUCUCUCUAUCUAUAUAAUCUAUAUAAUAAAUAGUGAAAUUAUCCUGUUCACAAAAGUCAAGUAACGCAUAAAAAAAAGCAAUCCGCAGAGAUAUGCGAAAAGCGUUUUUGUUUUUUUCCGGUUAUAGUUAUCAUUGUUGAGUCUCUUACAAGGAAAUUCAGCUAAUUUGAUAGCAUUUUGACUAUAAAAUUUGCAAUCUUUGCUGAAAAAGAAGACCCAUUUCUCUGCUUUACCGACCCCAAAAAAAAAGGAAAAAAAAAGAAAAGAAAUUCUUUUGGAGUUUCAGAGAACCCUUUUUUCUCAUCUAGAGAGAGAUAGAGUGGAGGUGAGAGAUGGGUUCGCAUGGGACGCUAGCGAGGAGGGCUGUGCAGACUGAGACACCCAUCAUGGUUCUGAUACAGGAAGUGAUCCGAGGUGCCAAGGACGCACUUUCUCUAGCUCAGGGAGUAGUGUAUUGGCAACCACCGAAGCCAGCGUUGGAUAAGGUAAAAGAACUUGUGUGGGAACCUUCAGUUAGUCGUUAUGGUGCUGAUGAAGGUCUUCCUGAGCUUAGAGAGGCAUUGGUUAGGAAGGUAUAUCUUCUGAUUCUGAUGUACACUUUUUCUCUGAAAAUGGAGAUUUUCCUUGUGGAAAAGCUCAAAGAUUGGACGGCCACUUUGGACAGCAUGGGAAAGGUAAAUUUCAAUGGUUUCAGCAUAAACGCUCCUUUUACUUUGAGUCGCACUUCAGUUUGUUUUCCGUUCCUCCAUAUUGCUGCCCAUUAUUGGGACCUGGUUCCUCAUGUGUUUCGCUUUGGAUCACAAGACAUGUGUCCCACUCUUGAGAAGUUUCAAGUGUUAAUGGAGUCUCGGCGCAACGAAGAAAUUAUGCCUCAAUUCUACUGUUUGCUCAGUUUUCUAGAAUAUGACUUAGUUAUAUUUUCAUGUGUUCCUGGGAAGAAUACAGAGGUAUGUAGGAGUAUUAACAAUUACAUGUGCAGGUACUUUAUGUAUGAUGGCCUCAAACACUCAUGUGUGGAGGGCAAUCACAUAGUCAACAUAUUUUCAUUUUCUAAAGCUUAUGGAAUGAUGGGAUGGCGAGUUGGAUAUAUAGCAUACCCUACAGAAGUGGCGGGCUUUGGAGCUCAACUCCUCAAAAUCCAAGACAACAUACCAAUAUGUGCUGCAAUAAUUUCACAGCGCCUUGCCCUUUAUUCCUUAGAAGUGGGACCGGAAUGGGUCACUGAACAAGUGAAAGAUCUCGUCAAAAACAGAGCAAUUGUUCUAGAAGCACUAUCUCCGUUGGGAGAUGAUGCUGUGAAAGGCGGAGAAGGUGCAAUAUACCUAUGGGCAAAGCUUCCAGACAAAUGCGUCGAUGACUACGAAGUAAUUCGCUGGCUUGCUACAAAGCAUGGCGUGGUUGUGAUCCCAGGAAGUGCCUGUGGCUGUCCGGGGCACCUUAGGAUCUCAUUCGGAGGAUUGUUAGAGGAUGAUUGUCGAGUUGCUGCAGCAAGGCUGAGAAAAGGGUUAGAAGAACUGGCGAGAGAUGGGAUGGUACAUUAAAUUAGAUUCCUAUUUCCUAUUCAUUUUGUAAGGAAAAAUGUUUGUAUUCCGAUAUCAUUAUCGGUACAUGCCACUAGUUGUGAACAUGUUCAAAUUUAACUACAUCUCUGAAGCUCUGCCCUCUUGAAAAUAAGAAAAUGUGGCGAGGGUGAAAAUAAUUGAAGUUUACAGUUUUCUGGUACUGUACAUUGUGAUUUUCUUGUGGAAAUUGGAACACGGGGUCCGUUUGAGUUUGACCCAGCCUUUAGAUGA